UUGAAAAUAAAGGUCAAUUAGGAUGAGAUGGGGGAAAUAAGAGUGGGAUGGGGGAGUCAGAAGGGUCUUAAACUCAUUCAACCCCCUAACUGCACCUGAAUUGAACAUGUAGGACACAGUCAGACAUGUAACUUGAACAUGCAAGUUUAUGCGAUGGGAAAUAUAACACCUAAUUUGAGUACAACAUACGGGAAUGAGCCACCCAGCACGCGCUUUCUGAUCUUUAAUUCCUUUCUCCUUAGUUUGACAUUUUUGUUCGGAACCUCAGGAAACGUGCUUGUUUUCUGCGCUGUUCUUAAAAGCAAAAGUUUGCAGACAUCCAACAACGCGCUGCUGUUGAAUUUAUCCGCCGUGGCUCUUCUCAGGUGUUCUUUAGAUUCACCGGUGUUUUUAGUGUCUUUAAUCGUAGGAGACUCGGUUGGGCUCUUCCCGUGUUGCCUUCAGCAGUUCACUUUCUCUCUGUGCAGCGGUGUGCAGUUUCUGACGCUCGUGCUCAUAAGCGUGGAGAGAUUCUUGACCAUCGCCUUUCCCUUCAAGAAGAGAAACGAGAAAAUAGGAAUAUGGAUUUUGUUUAUCUGGGUUUGUGGGCUUUUUAUCGCAGUUCUGUCGCUGACAAUGUGUGAUAAUUCCUGCUACGUGACGUGCCAGCAUUUACAAAGAUCACCAGGGUCACGCGCGGACCCCUUUACUGUGUACGUGCUGCUUCCUGUCUGGGGUUUGUCUCUGAUACUGAUAAUCAUUCACUAUUUCCUCAUCUUUUCUGUUGUGAGACAGCAUACCAACAAAAUAACUGACACAGGUGUGCAGUUUAAACCUUACUUUGGAAGACACCUCCCUGGAUGGGACCGUGUGGCCCCUUCAGCAACCGCGCGCCAUCAAAAACCUGACAGCUCCUCGGGGAAUCAGCACGCGGCACCACGCAUAUCUGGCGCGGUGUGUAUUCUGACACCAGCGGCCCGAGAGCUGGGCAAGAAGAGGUUGGAGGGCCGCGUGGCGAAGAGGUUCGGCUACGUUAUCAUCACGGCCACUGUGUUCUGGGCUCCACUCUUUAUUAUCCUCGCGCUGAACAUGUGUGAGGACUGCAGACAGAAUCAACGCUGGUUGCUGCGCGAGCUGCGCACGUGUGCGCUGGUUGUGACAUGUGUCCCUGCAACAGUGGAGCCGCUCAUUUACACGCUGCUUCACAGACAGCUGCGUUCACAAAUCCACAAAUUACUCCCGAACACACUCAUGAAUAACAUCCUACUGAUCGACCGGAGCAAUUAAAGCGAUAGGAAACUUUCCUAAACGCUCGAUGGUAAAGUAGGCCUGCAUUUUUUUUUUUUUUAAAUCGUGAUGCGGGUGAUUCAUUUAUAUUAGGCUAUUUCACUAGCCUAUUUAACGCCAGAGGUCAUUAGUUGAUAUAGAUUCAUGUGAGAAGUGUCAUGAUGAAACUAACAUAUUUACAUUUUAAUGUUUAUGUAAGAUUUUAUAUCAACAUUUAGUGAAGAUAAAUGAAAUUAUGUCACACGUGUGCCCUUAAAGGUAUAGUUCACCCAAAAAUAACAUGUCUGUCAUCAUUUACUUGUCUUUCGUCGUUCCAAACCUGAAUGACUUUCUAAUCUUCUGUGGAGCAUAUGAAGAUAUUUUAAGAAAUAUAUCAGUGUUUUUAAUUUUUUCAUCCAUAGAAUGAAAAUCAGUGGUUAUCAAAACUGUUUGGUUACGAACAUUAUUCAAAAUAUGAAAGCCAAACAGGUUUGAAAAUUAAUGAUUGAAUUAACAUUUUGGGAGAACUGUCCCUUUAAGGUAUCUGAUUUACAAGGCUUGAUAACUUUAAAAACACGAUCAUGUAAAUCAAAUAUUUCAUUAAUCUGCUAUGAAUCUAUAAAGCAUACUGUAAACUGCAUUGUAAAAUGUUAGUCAGUAUAUUAGGUAAAUAUAAAUACAUUUAGACAGUAAUUUAGGAUUUCACAAGUCCACUGAUUUACCUACCCAUAAUGUAUGUCCAGGAUAGAAGGUAAUUUUAUUGUUACAAUUGUUUUUUUUUUUCUACUGAAAUAAACAAAAAUGCACCUAGA